AGAAUUUGUUCUUUACUGACUUGCCUAGUUAAAUAAAGGUAAAAUAUAGAUAUUUUUAAAUAACUAAAUCCCCAACCUGGUCCCAUUCCAUCAUGGCCAUCUAAUCACCUCCCUCAUCCCUAAUUGGUAUAACAUAACUCACCUCUCCACCUGAUUGGGGUGAGUGUUCUGGCACAAAAAUGGUCGCCAUGCAUCACCCAGGUGGGUGCUGCACAUUGGUGGUGGAUGAGAGGAGUUUGCCCUUUACUAUGUAAAGCGCUUUGAGUAACCGUAGAAACGCGCUAUAUAAAUACACUCAAUUAUUAUGUUUGUUACAAUUAUCACAGGACAAAAAAUGCUACUGAAUGUUGUGUACAUUUGUUGAAUAGCAUCCAAGCUUGCCUCCCAUUGGAUAGAAUUAGAGCAAUUGGUCAUCGAUUUUCGUGAUGUCAGUAGGUACUGCUUUUUUACCGUGGCAAUUAAUGAGAUUGGGCAAUGCAUUUUGUCAUUGGACUGGGCAUCAGCGUGUCGAAACAACUAUCAAGCUCAGGCUACUCGGGCACACCGACGACUAAGGAACGUGAAUACUUUUUUACAUUGGAAAAAGGGAUCAGAUGAAUGAGUCACUCCAAGGGACUCUAGAGAGGAACGUUGUCCUCCACCGCCGGCCCCCGUCUCCCUCACCCUGCUCAGCCUCCCCUCUACAGACAUCAUCAAAUGAGCUUUAUCUGAAUGCCACUUUCUAUGGGUUUGGAUUCAGGCCAGCAGUGAAGAGAGCCAAUCUCUUACAAAGCCUCAUUUUGCCACGGAACCUUAUGAAUUGCUUUCAAAAGUACCUCGAAAGAACUAAAGAAAACCAGGAUUUUUCCUUCAUGUAUAGUGCUGCUGUUUUGAGAGUAUUCCUCUGAUUGACCAUAAAGGGAAGGACAGUUGCAUCAGAGCGGACAGGACCGUAAACUACAUUAAGGCUUUAGGGGAGCUUCUCUCUCCAUACGAGCCGACCACCAUGGUCCCCCAGAAGGCUGACUUGACUGUUUUGCCAUGUCAGGAUGUGGUGGAGAUGCCAGUGACGAAGCAGAGCAGUGAGAGGGACGAGGAGAGUCCUGAUGGGUCUCUGGGUGAGGGUGCUGGGGGGGAACGGAUUCCCCUGCGCAAGUGGGUCAUGCAUGGUGCUGUCAUGUUCGGACGAGAGUUCUGCUACGCCAUGGAGACAGCACUGGUCACACCAGUCUUACUGCAAAUAGGACUUCCAGAGCAGUACUACAGCCUGACGUGGUUUCUGAGUCCCAUCCUGGGCCUGAUCCUCACCCCUCUCAUUGGCUCAGCCAGCGACCGCUGCACCCUGAAAUGGGGCCGCAGGAGACCCUUCAUCCUGGCACUCUGUGUGGGGGUGUUACUGGGAGUUUCUCUCUUCCUCAAUGGGUCCCUCCUAGGAUUAGCCCUCGGGGACGUUCCCAGCAGUCAGCCCAUUGGGAUAGUGCUGACGGUGCUGGGCGUGGUUCUACUGGACUUCAGUGCAGACGCCUCAGAUGGGCCUAUCAGAGCCUACCUGUUGGAUGUAGCCGACACAGAGGAGCAGGACAUGGCCCUCAACAUACAUGCUUUCUCUGCAGGGCUGGGAGGAGCGGUUGGCUACGUGCUGGGUGGCCUGGACUGGACCAGCACCAUCCUGGGCACGGCCUUCAAGUCCCAGGAGCAGAUCCUGUUUGUGUUUGCUGCCGUCAUCUUCACCAUAUCUGUGAUUCUACACAUGUUCAGUAUCAAGGAGGAGAGUUUUGAGGCUCGUGGUGACACUCUGGGAGACUCUGACUCUGACAGCCUGUCCUCCUCAGAGAAACUGAAGGGGGGCUUGGUGGGGCCUCGUAGUGUACCUCAGCUGGACGUUAUAGGAGAGGAGGACGCCCAGUCAGAGAGGGAGCUCUUCAUCAACGUGGACAGGGUGAGGAGUAAGAGCGACUCGGUGCUGGCCAUGCCUGACGCCACCAUCGAGCUGGACUCAGACCUGGACCAGGACGGUCAUUUCCUGGCCGACAUUGAGCCCUCCAUCUUUCAGGACUACCCCCAAGAUUUGUACCCUGGCACCCCUCAGAGACACUACAGUGGAUGGGGCAUCCAGGACCUGGAAGGCCCCCAGGCUGAGGCUCAGGCAGACAGCCAGCUGCCCCUCUUCCACCAGGACCCCUCCCCCUACUACAGCAGGGAGCACAUGUUGUUCAACAACCAGACCAACCAGGGAGCCAAGUGCCUCAACGGGGCCUCAGCGGCCCCGGCGGUCCCCUCCAACCACACAGCCCGCGGGGCCAACAGCCAGGGCCGUAUGCCAGGCCUGAGGCCGUCCAACACCAGCACCACUACCGGGGCACGCCGCUUCCCCUUCUACCGCCAGCCGUCAUUUACAUUCUCUUACUAUGGCCGCGUGGGUUCAGCACGAUACCGCCACCGCAGAAACACCAUGGGUAAUCCGGCCGGCGCCAACCUCCGCAUCAAGACCUCGCAGAGCAUGAACGACAUCUACGAGCACAUGCAGCGGCGGCAGCAGAGGAGGGAGCUCCAGCAGAGCAGCACCACACUGUCCAGCGGGGACUCUGAGAGGGACGACGGAGACCAGGGGGGCACCACGGUCAAGCUGCUGUGGCUGUCCAUGCUGAAGAUGCCCCCCCAGCUGCUGAGGCUCUGCGUCUGUCAUCUCCUCACCUGGUUCUCCAUCAUCGCUGAGGCAGUCUUCUACACAGACUUCAUGGGACAGGUCAUCUAUGCUGGAGACCCCACAGCUCCUGCUAACUCCACUAACCUGCAGAAGUACCAUAAAGGGGUUCAGAUGGGCUGCUGGGGACUGGUUGUCUAUGCUGCUACCGCUGCAGUCUGCUCAGCUGUGCUCCAGAAGUACCUGGACAACUACGACCUGAGCAUUAAGGUGAUCUACAUCCUGGGUACUCUGAGCUUCUCCCUGGGAACUGCAGUCAUGGCGAUCUUCCCUAACGUCUACGUUGCCAUGGUGAUGAUCAGCACCAUGGGCAUCAUCUCCAUGAGUAUCUCCUACUGCCCAUAUGCUCUGCUGGGCCAGUACCACGAGAACAAGGAGUACAUCCACCACAGUCCGGGGAAGUCGCGACGAGGCUUCGGCAUCGACUGUGCCAUACUGUCGUGCCAGGUGUACAUUGCCCAGAUCCUGGUGGCGUCUGCACUGAGCACGGUGGUGGACGCGGUGGGCAGCGUGCGGGUCAUCCCAAUGAUGGCCUCUGGAGGCUCCUUCCUGGGCUUCCUCACCUCCACCUUCCUGGUCAUCUACCCAGACUCCUCCACUCCCACCACUACGCAGGACCAGGAGGGGUAUGGAGAGGAGGGGGCUCCGGCCCUGGUGGCCCCAGAACCAGGCCCCAGUGGUAGCAGUAUGCAGGAGCCAGUAGUCCUUCUCAAAGCGUCUCCUAAGGGCAGCAGCAGCACGGCACACUACGAGUCCACUAUUUAACAAAGAAGAAGAGGGACCAGGAUAAAAUACUGGUGGCAUCACAAUAGUCAUAGUGUCUUCCUCUCUUUGUCUCCUUUCUUUAAUCUGCACAGACAGUGACCCAGCCUUAACACUCACUAGUCACAUGAGUUCCAGUGGGAUGGACUGUUCCAAUGAACACGUUGUGUAUUUCUUAACAUAUGGCUGUUUUUCUUUUCCUCCUGGGGUUCAAAUGUUUGUGGGUUCACUGAUUACGUCCCAAAAGCACCCUACUCCCUUUAUAGUGCACUUUUUACCUGGGUCCACAAGGCUCUGGUCAAAUGUAGUGCACUAAAUAGGGAAUAGGGUGCCAUUUGGGACUCAUUCACAGUUUGAAAGGCCUGCAGGCCUUAUCAGAAGGAUUAUCCACAAUAUCAGGAGUAUCCACCUCAUACACAGGAUCUAAUGCUGGACUCUCUUUUUUACUCAUGGGAUCUAAUGCUGGACUCUUUUUCUUAAACGUGACUGGGACUUGUUCUGUAGAUGUUUGUUUAGACUGCACAUGAAUAUUUUCACUCCAUUUCUAAAUUGAAAACAUGUUUUAUUGAUUUAUUUUGUGAUUGUACAAAAUGGUUUGAGUGACCGAUCAACUUUUUUAGAUCAAACUUAGUUUCCCCACAGACAGAAUGAUAUAGGAGUCCCUAUGUUACUGUGACCUCACUAAAGAUGCUGCAGUCACAGAGGAUCCAGUUCAGAACAGUAUGGGAGUCUCUCUUACUAUGACCUCACUAAAGAUGCUGCAGUCACAGAGGAUCCAGUUCAGAACAAUAUAGGAGUCGCUCUGUUACUGUGAUCUCACUAAAGAUGCUACAGUCACAGAGGAUCCAGUUCAGAACAAUAUAGGAGUCGCUCUGUUACUGUGAUCUCACUAAAGAUGCUACAGUCACAGAGGAUCCAGUUCAGAACUUUAUAGGAGUCGCUCUGUUACUGUGAUCUCACUAAAGAUGCUACAGUCACAGAGGAUCCAGUUCAGAACUUUAUAGGAGUCGCUCUGUUACUGUGAUCUCACUAAAGAUGCUACAGUCACAGAGGAUCCAGUUCAGAACAAUAUAGGAGUCGCUUUGUUACUGUGAUCUCACUAAAGAUUCUGCAGCCAUCGAAGAUCCAGUUUAGAACAGUAUAGGUGUUACUCGCUGUUACUGUGACCUCACUAAGGGGCGGCAGGGUAGCCUAGUGGUUAGAGCGUUGGACUAGUAACCGAAAGGUUGCAAGUUCAAAUCCCUGAGCUGACAAGGUACUAAUAUGUCGUUCUGGCCCUGAACAAGCAGUCGGUCAGAACAAUAUAGGACUCGGUCUCUUUUACUGUGACCUCAUUAUGCCAAAGAGGAUCCAGUUCAGAACAAUAUAGGACUCGGUCUCUUUUACUGUGACCUCACUAUGCCACAGAGGAUCCAGUUCAGAACAAUAUAGGAGUCGGUCUCUUUUACUGUGACCUCACUAUGCCACAGAGGAUCCAGUUCAGGGUCAGUCAGUUACAUUCCCUAUUAUAAACACCAUCCACUAACUUUCUUCAGUCUAUUGACAUGUAUAUCAUGAAAACACUCAGGGCUGUUAUACAGCACAGAUGAUAUGUCCAGGUUACACCAAAAGUCCAAAGAACCAUUCAGGAUGUUCCUGUUUGUAGCUCACAUUUGCCAUUUACUGGGUUGAGUGGCCUAUAGCCUACUGUUUACAUGGCAGAGUUGGAUAAAUGUUAUCAGCCUUAAGAUAAUCAAAUGCUGAAGUGAUGAUGCUUACAUUCUAACACAUAUCAAUAUUUUAAAAAGGGAACAUGUUGUCAACCUCUAAAUGAUGCAUGGAAGAAUACUAGAUUUCAUACUACAACUAGUCAUUACAAAUGGUCUAUGAUCAUAAGAUGCCUUUGGGCCCAUCCAGCAUUGAAGAAACCCUACACUGUACUGUGCUACAGUAAGUAGCCCUCUGUUGUUCUGAACCAUCUGUUCCACAGGGUAACGCACAAGAAAGGAUAUUGCUCUGUAUGUUUUUACAUUUAACAACUGCAAAAGCUGCACUAUAAAUGUUAAGAACUUUAAGAGAG